CAGACACCAGGCUCCGGGACCUGACAUUCACCGAUCGGAAAAGCAGAGAGAGAGAGACAAGCAGAGAGAGAGAGAGAGAGAGAAAACCCUGAACCGAUGCAACCGGCGACUAAAAGCGACCUAAACCACCGUCUCCUGCCUCGGCUCCUCUGUCCUCUGUGCUGACGGCUGAAAGCGCGGUCUUGUCGCUGACAUUUCCCCGCUGGAUUUGGGCUUGUAGUCGGAUGCGGGCUUGUUUUGACUGCAGUAAUAGUGCUACUCACCCCCCUCCUCCUCCAUCUCCUCCUCCUCCUCCUCCUCCUUCUCCCCUACCAACCAACCGAGUAGCGGAUUUGCGAGGGAUCUCAGCGCCGUGCAGCUCACCGAGCGAGUGACCAGCGAUCCUGCAAGGCACCGGAGACGCACUGUGCACCGCCGCGGCUCUCCACCUCACACGAGUCGAUCCAGCCAGAGCCUCUAAAGAUCUCAUUUCUGCGAGGAAUUGGACAUAAGCGCCAAGUUUCCGAUUGGAUUUUUUUCCCCCUGUGCGGCUACCUUGCUUCUGUCAUCAGAUCGGCUGCAAAUCCUAUUUUCGCUUUUUUUCCCCCCCUCUCUCUCUCUUUCCAAAGCACCGUUGACGCCAUUUUCCUCGGGGUUUUCUGUCAAAAAAUAUAUACAUAUAGUCUGGCACCGUCUGACAGCUCCCCAGGAGGCUGUCAUCUCAUCCGUCGCUCGUGUAAAAUGUGUCUAAAUGGAUUGUAAAUGAUCUUGAUAAAAUAUUUACACGUUAGAGCCGAGUGUGUGACAACAUUAGACAUGGACUGUCCCUGGCUUCGAUAUGUUCCUGUGGGACAACCAACCCAACCCCAGUAGCUGACUUACAACAACCAACCAGCCGGACAGACUACUGUUCUAUAUCUUCCUUUUGGCUGGCUGCCACAGCUUCCCCCAUCCUGACUGGCUCUGGCGGGAGCGUGGAUGGAGCCAAGGGAUCUGGUUGGCUCGGCCCGACCCAAAGAGGUGGAGUUACAGGGAGGCAGGGUGGGGCCAAAUGAAGAGGACCAGGAAGGAGCACGGGGCAUCGGUUUGGUGUGCAGUGAUGAUGUGAUUAAUGGUGCCAUUAGCGAAGGGGAGGGGCUAGAGGAGCAGGGGGAGGGGCUUCUAGAGGAGCAGGAGUUCUCCAUCAAGGAGGCAAGUUUCCAGGAAGGAAGUCUAAAGCUGAAGAUCCAGACCACCAAGCGCACCAAGAAGCCCCCUAAGAGCCUUGAGAACUACAUUUGCCCGCCGGAGAUCAGGAUGACCAUCAGGCCUCCAGUCGGAGAGGGCAAAGCGGGGCGGCAGGGACGAACAGGAGGCGGGGCAGGAGCAGGGCGGGGCCAGAAGGACGAAGAACGAGGACCCCCCAGAAAAAGGACAUACGAGCGCCAGUUCAGAAUGCCUGAGCAGAGAGAAGGAGGCCUGCUGCAACUACUGGGAGAUCACACUCCGCCCAAACACCAGCUUCGCAGCUCCCUCCUUCCUGCACACACACUCUCACACACACAGCAGACACAGCACGCCCUCACGCAACAAUUCCAACACACUCAUGCACACCAACACCAAAUCAAUUCAGACUGGAUCGCGUCUUCAGCACCUUCUGCGUCCCCGGCCAAUCCUGCAGAUUCUGAGCCAGCCAGAGAACUGGCAGGAGCCAGUCGGAGCACUUUGCUCGAUCCAACCCAACCUUUCUCACGAACAGCGACGCAAAGCCCCUCACCUCAGAGAUCCCUGACUCCAGACCUGCAGUUGCCAGUGGUUACAGAUGCUAGUAUUCUCAACCUCACCUCUCUCAGCAGGGGGAGGGGUUUGCAAGAAGUCAGCGAACAGCUCUUUGGGAACAUCAAGAGGAAGUACGGCAGGAAAGACUCCCAGAGGAUGCUCUGUAACCCCCACAGUGCUGACACACCUUGGGGAAGACAGACAGAGAAAGGAUCGGAGAGCCCAAGUAAUUCAGAGGAGAGGCAGAAAUACAGGCCAGAGGAGACAGCUGAGCGGUUCCAUGAAGAAAGAGAGGAAAGGAGAAAAGAGGAAAGAGAGCGAACAAUUGCUGGGAGGAGAGGAGAUGAAGACGACAGAGGGAUGCACAUGCUGACAGAGGAAGGGAAAGGAAGAAAGAGGCGGAGGAGGCCUUCUUUUGACGAGUCAUUUUCUGUAGAGGAGCAAUCACAGCAAUGGCAGGACUCUGACACUACAGAAAAACACCAGCCUGGGCCCCCAGAACCUAAAGUAGCACAUAAGAUGGAGACUCACAAAAAUGAUUCUCGACUUACAUGUCAAGCGGAUGUCAGCGGAGAGAGGCUAGAAAAAGCAGAGAGAGUAGAUAAAGGUGAUAAAAGAGAAAAAGGGGAAAGGGCAGACAGGGCAGAAAGAGGAGAGACAGUUACAUGCGGGCCCGACCUAGAGUCAGCUUUGAGCGUAAACAGAAUGAAAAAGAACCCUGUGGGUCGUCCUAAGAUCAGCACAGAGACCCUUAAACACAGAGAAUCUAUUCACAAUCUCAUCAACAAACCCAGUCUUAACACGAACCUCAGACUCCCUAGCCCAAAUCCCAGCCCAGGCCCCAUGGGUGGCAUCAGUCCAAGCCCCAGCCCUAAACCCAGGGCUAACAUUAGCCCCAUUCCCAGCCCGAGACCCAGGGCAGCCCUGAGUCCUAGCCCCAGUCACAGCACCAGCUCCACAGCAAGUUCCAGACCAUGCAAGGCCAAGGACAGGUGGUCCUACCUGAAAGCUAAAAGCCAUGCCAGCCUAACAUCACCACAGAGAGACAACAGGGGUAGCCCCUCCACCCUAACUGACCCACCUUCAGCCUUCCCCAUCACCCCGUCUAGCCCCCUUUACACCAACACUGACAGUCUGACCGUCCACACACCCAUUAAGAGGAAACGAGGGCGCCCGAAGAAACAGCCACUCCUAACAGUGGAGACCAUCCAUGAGGGCACUUCUACUUCUCCUCCAAGCCCACUGGCACAGGAAACGUCUGCAGGGCUAAAUCGUAGGAAGAAGACACACACACUAAACACAUUAAUGCAAAUGACAUCCACAACCACCAGCGCCAAUUCUAACAGUCUGAAACUAAAGCGUGGCAGGGGCCAUUCCAGGCCAGUGAAUAAGAUGAAGCUUGGGAAAAUGCAGAGCAUCCUGAAUGAGAUCCUUUCAGGCUCCAGUCAGAAUGGCACUCUGGCUCUGAAGUCAUCCUCUGCCCCUGUUACCUCAGCUAUGAGUGCCAUGGCAUCCACCAUUGAGGCUCGGCUGGGAAAACAGAUAAACGUCAGCAAGAGAGGAACCAUCUACAUUGGUAAGAAGAGAGGACGGAAACCUAGAGCAGAAACCCAAGUUUCCAACCCUCCCAAAACCACUCGGGACAAGCCCCCCAUGUCUAUCUCCACCUCCAGUCUCUAUGAGAGCCCUGUAGUGCCUUCCACCACCUCGUCUCCCAGCUCCAGCGCUCCACCCCUAAGAGCCAGCCACUCUGAUGCCACUAUGCCCAGUUUGCAGCCCAUCUCAGCCCUGCCCUCCAAGCCUCCAAGCAGGGGCUUCCUCUCUGGGGGGUGGAAACUGUCUCCUCCCCGCCUUCUGGCUAAUUCACCCUCCCACUUGUCAGAGGGAGCGUCAGUGAAGGAGGUGACCCUGUCCCCCAUCAGCGAAUCCCACAGUGAGGAGACUAUUCCCAGUGACAGCGGGAUUGGGACAGAUAACAACAGCACCUCAGAUCAAACUGAGAAGGGUCCGGCCUCUCGGCGCAGGUACUCAUUUGAUCUGUGUGGGUUUGAGGCUGUGGAGGCAGCAGCUCUGGAAGCCUCCAACAGGAGCAGCAGAACACGCUGUGAACGGCAAGUAACUGCUGUUGACAACUUCCUGUCACAACAGGAAAAGAAGCAAAAACAUCAUCGGCGGAAGAGGAAGUGCUUACAGAGCCGGGAUCAUCUUCAUUUUCUCUCUGAACUGGAGGAGGUUGUGGUAAAGCUCCAGCAGCUACGAGUGUCUCACAGACGAUACGCCUGCUACCCCCAGCACCCAUAUCCAUCUAUUUUCCGCCUCAACUUCCAUCAUUACUACCCAGUUACCUAUGACUCCUACCCCUGUGACUCCAGCUCGUACCUCCGCAGGAGUGCCGAUCUGAAGGCUAAGAGGAGACGCGGCCGUCCAGCCAAAGCCAGCGAGCCAAUCACAACGAAGCUGCCUUUUGUUCAAGGAUAUGGUUAUCCGCUGGCAGGGGGAAAUUUCUAUGCAGCACCAUAUGCGAUGCCUUACGCAUCUCCUCUGAGUCUGGGCUACUUUCCCCCUGCUCCCCCAUUUUACCUGCCCCACCACACGCUAGGACCUGCACCUCCAUCUCCCUUCAUGAGGCCCGCUGUCCCCCCACCCAAGGCUUUCCACUCCAGUGGACACUCCAAGCUCCAGCCAGGGGCCAAGCUUCGCAGCGCUAGUGGCCCACUCCAGGGGCCCUCUGUAAGAGGAGAGGGCCUUGGAUCCCUGGGCAGUGGCAGUGCAGGUGGUCUUGCAGGGGUUCGCCUCCAUAAGAGGAAGCACAAGCACAAACAUAAGCACAAGGAUGAACCCCUCCUUUCACCGCGAGACCGACAGGAGUUGGGUGGGCUUUUCAGUGGAGCUAAGACCACUGCGCGUCUCAGCAUGCUGAGUGACAGGAGGGACUUGUCCAGUCAGGGCUCAUCUAAGCAUCUGGAGAAGCAGAGGGGCAGUGGUAGAGGCUCAAGUCUGGGAUCCAGCUUAGGGAUGUUUGAGUCGGACCAGCUGUCCACACACUCUCUUGCUGACAGCCAGUUCCACUCCCGUCAGACUGGACAGCCAAUAAACAGCUUCAUGAGCAGCUACAGUAGCCAAUCGCAGCGGUCGGAGUCAGCGUCUGACCUCUUUUUGGGGUCACGGGAGGACGACUGUGGUGGGAGGGGCAGGAAGACGAGGCUCGCUGUGUUUGGAGAUCAGGGCUUAAUGUCAUUCCAAACUGCCAGGCAGGAGCCAGGACAGAUGAACAAGUGCUCCAGUCCCCCCCUCACUGGUGUUCCCAGUAAGCGGAGGUAUAAACGUCGUGAGGUGGAACAGAUCCAGAAGGACGUCAGGAGAAUGCAUUCUUUGAACUUUGAGCAUGUGCAGAAGAUCCUCCGUGCCAAGCGCCUGCAGCGACAAGCCAAAACAGGAAACAAUGUCAUCAAACGACGGCCUGGACGGCCCCGAAAACAACCCUUAGAGGAAUCAGAGCCGACCAAUAGGAGGGAGGAAGAUCGGGCUGAUGUUCGGGGUUUGGACAUGUUUGCCAGUAGGCGAGGUGAUGGGAGGACUCUGGGGAUGCCUGUCCUGGAGAGGUGUGAUGACCUGCCAGGUAGGCAGAGCCUCAGGCCAAACUUGACCCCCGAGCCGCUGGAGUUCUCCAAUCACGAUUCCAUCUCAGCAACAAUUGAGACCGUGGUGCAUCAAGCGCGGUCGGUGGCUCCGCUGGCCAAAGGGGGGAAACGCAGAGGCAGGGGCCACAGCAGGGACGAAUUAUGGGCUCCUUCCAGUCAAUAAACCUGCAGGAGCGAGCAACUCCGCAACCGGACGGAGAGCAGUGAAUGGAGUCAGUGCUGUCCCAAGCCUAUCAGAUGCAGUGCCCUUAAUUAUGGGACUCCUCGGUGCACUUUGACUUGUUUCUUCUCUCUGAUUUGUUGUGAGGACUACAGUGGGUCAGUGGAGAAGCAGGAGGAGGGAACACUUGCGGUGCCAUCCCUCUGUUAGCUAAACCCAACCAGACAUGAGCCUUUCAAGGAUUCAUUGGACCUUCAUUUACAAUGGCACUAUAUGGUACUAUUUGAUACUGAAUCUGAUGCUAUACAAGUGUGUGGUACUUAUGAUAGUGUAGGAUAUUAUGUGAUUCUUUAUGUAUCUGAUACAGUGAUGUGUAUGGUACUUUAUGAUACUGUAUCUGAAUGUGGCUUUAGCCAUAUAUUUACCAGCAAGGGGAGGGGGAAUGGUUAAUAUAAAACUGUGCAGCUCUGCUUAUUUUUGCCUUUCUGAGGAAGCUUGUCAAAGACAUGUGGAAUAAUACAGCAGUAAUUAAGCCACCUUACCCUAAUACUUAUCCCUGUUUUUGCUCCCAACCCCACCUGUACCUUCCUUGUUCUCUUUCUCUCUCUGAGAAGUAACUCAUACUUCCUGGCAGCUCCUCACCCCUGGUCCCCGUCCCUGCUUCAAUUUUUCAGCCCUCCCUGGUGCCUGCCGCUCAACUCCAUCUCCCUUUGUCCUCUCAUCUACUCCCGAUCAUGUUUUUCAUCUCCUAUUGCUUGUCCUCCCUCAGCAU